CGCACAUUUUUUGUAGAACCAACUUCCGGUGCUCGGCAGUCAAUUAGACGUCGGACGCGAACAUGGCAUUGGAACGAAUGUGUAGUUUAAGAUGUCUAGCCACACAUUUUUUGAAAGCAAUUCAAUUAGACGCUUUUUACGGUACACGUGCUAUCAGCUGUCACAGAAAGUCGACCUAUUCAGCGCUUCCAGACAACUAUAACUGCACAGUGGAACUUGCCUUGACAUCUGAUGACAGAACAGUUGUGUGUUAUCAUCCACCAGUGGAAGUUGCAUAUGAGUAUUCACAGCCUAUCCCAAGACCAGAUCCUUUAGAAAAUUUUGAAGAAACCCAUGAUCAAGUGCUGAAAGCUCAUCUCAACAUGGAUGUUUUACAAAACAAGCAAGCUCCGACCAUCGAACAACUUAGCAAAAUGUUCUAUACUACAAAACAUCGGUGGUACCCAGUUGGACAGUACCACAGGCGACGGCGUAAAACCAGUACUCCUAAAGACAGAUAAUUUUUAACCAGUGUACUAUACUUAUUGAAAGUGUUUAUGUGCAGUAUGUUUUUUUUUUUUUAAUUAAUGGUCACAAAACACUUUUACUGUAAGAAUUAAUAAAUUAUGGUGUGCCUCUAUUACCAUCUCAAUAAAAUAUUCUGCUUGUAAUAUA